AUGGCAUUCCUCAUUAUUGGCGUGUCACCAUCUGGACUUACACCUCUCAGUCGAGCAUGGGCCCAGAACGUGUCUAUUCCGCCGCGUCGUCUAGUGGGAACUCAGCGGAUCUACACUGUCGCGCUGUGGUAUUGGAGUUCAAAAGUCACCAUAGCUGAAGUUGGAGGCGUAUCCACCGCUAUAUUGAGUUCGUGGAGAGUCGCAGCCUUGGUGAUGCUCAUUGCCACAGUAUGCUCUGCCAUCGGCGUCCUUGUUGCCCUGAGUCUGGCAGGUACCACCGCCAAUCUCCCGGUAGGUCUUCUUCUAUAG